AUGAGUCAUAUUAUAGUAAUACGAAGUUAUAAACCAGGUGAUGAAAUCAAUUGCAAAGAAUUAAUAAAAGCAGGCAUUAUGUCUUCCUUAAAUACGACGUAUUUUGGAAUUAUCUUUAAAGAAUUAACAUUCCAAUUGAUGAUAUUAUUUGCUGCUAUAAUGUUCAUUUUCUUUGGACUACCCUUAACAGUAUGCCUCUUAGUUAUUCCUCUUGUUAUUUGUCUUGUGUAUGUUGGAACUUACAUAGGUUUCACUGCGAAAGCUAUGGAAGUUAAUGAAGAAGUUUCUAAUAUACCAAGGGUUUACAUGUCUAAUGCCUUUUCGUGCUUCUGGGUAGCUGAAGCAUUUGAACCAUAUAUAAUGACACAUAAUCCAAAGAAUAUACAUUACAUCAUAAUGACAGAGCAACAGUUUCGUGAUUCAAACAUUGAUAUUUCAUCUCAGGUUAAAAGGAUUGUAGGAACUGUUGCCUUAUGUAAAAGCUACAGAUUAGACAAAGGUGCAUGGAUCAAAAGACUUUAUGUACAUCAGCAGUAUAGAAGGAAAGGAAUAGCAUCGUGCCUUAUAAAUGUUGCUGUCCAAUUUGCUGUUGACCAAGGAUACAGUUGUACUAAUCUUGUUGCCUCAGAAUAUACAGAAGGUGGAAGAGAAUUAUGUCUUAAGAAAGGUUUUGAAUUACAACAAAUAUACCACAAACCUAUUUUGGGUUCACUUAUAACAAUAUUAAUGUACGAGUUGACAUACCAAAUUAAACCUGGUGAAGAUGAUUAUAUACCUGCUGCUUAUAGCAGAUCAAUGCUUAAUCACUGA